ACGAUAACUGAUCAUAACUUAGAUACAAAAUUCAAUUUCCAGCACAGAUAUGAAAUGCAUACUGUCGCUGUUCCAAUACUGUUAGCAAAAAUGUUAUGUACAAGGAAUCAAGCGUAAAUAGAUAGUUCAACCCUGAACGUUCCAUCUUCUACCGUAUUAAGGAUUAUACCUUUUCUGAAGUUUAGACAUUGUCAUUUUCCAAGAUUCGACAACCAAUUUGAUUUUGCCCCCUUUCAGUUGAAGGGUAAAAUGACCUACGAAAAUUUACUCAAGUUUAAAAAUUCCGCGCUAGGGAUUUUCCCGGUUAGCGCUUUCCCGGAAAAAUCAAUAAAAUUCUGUCAAGCUGACAUCGAACCGAGUGCAUUGUGUGAAAUAUUCAUAUUGGAAACCAUCUGGAGAAUAUUUGGGUACUUUGCGUUAUCGUGCACAAAUGGAAGACAGCGGAAUCGAGAGUGAAGAUAAAUUUAGUGCAAUUAACGGUAGUUAUGACGAUGCGAGAGGACAUUUUCCAGGCGAAGAAUGAGGAAGGACGGGAAUCUGUGGAGGAUGAUGGACAGUCGGCCAAUAACAAUAGCCUUAAGGUGGCUUUUAAGGGAACCAUGAAUGACGAUGGACCCAGUUCCAGGUGCCAGACGCUUCCAGAAGUGCAAAAUAUUCAAAUGAGUACUUGCAAGAUCCUUCAGAGGAAAUUGGAGUUGAAAGUCGAACGUGCCAAGAAAAAUUACAGUCAACUACAGGAAGAAAAUGCGAAAAAGGCGAAGCCGUCGAAUCUGAUACCAAUUGAUAGGCUACAGAUACCGGGCUAUGCCGAGAACCAGCCAUUGGUAGAUUACAAAUCGGAAAGCGACGACGGAGAAGAGGUAUCAUUUUUUCCGUCAAAAUUAAAAUCGGCAAAGAAGCAAGACUUAACUGACACGUUCAGUAUUCAAGAAAUGACAAUAGAAUCGGAUAAUACAGACGAUAGCGAGUCACAAAAUUUGGAAUUAUUACCGCCAUCAUCGAAUAGUAAAUUUUUAGAUAGGCUUUUAAGUUGUUUCUAUUGUAGCGACGGCAACACAUAGAGCUGUCGUGGCUACUGUAAAACGUGAUAAAAAUUCCGAAUUCCAUUUAAGAAUAAUGUGACAAAAUCACUGUGAAUGCGCAAAAUAAAAUAAAAUGCCCUCAUAUUUAAA